UAUUCCUUGGAGAAGAGGGCACGACUGGAGCAGUCGCUUUCCCCCCCAACAUAACAAACUUGCCCAUCGAUAAUAGACACAAAAAGCUGGAGUAACUCAGCGGGUCGGGCAGCAUAUCUGGAGAAAAGGAAUAGGUGACGUUUCGGGUCGAGACCCUUUUUCGGAAACUGGCCCAUUGACAGGCAAAUCCCUCAGUAAAGGUCAACAUUGUGUGAGAAAAGAAAAGAAAAUGCUACCAAAGCCUGGCGAAUUUCACUUUUUGUGGGAGAUUUGUUCAGGUGCAGUGGAUGAAGGAAGUACAGUGAGAACAUUUGGCAGGUUAACUAAUUAUGAUGCCAGGAUCUCUGAGGCAGCACUCUCUGUUCAUCACAAUUCAAAUGAUUACAGACUUCAAAUCCUCACUUCACUGGUGGAACCAUUUGAAGCUCGGAUCGGAACAGAAUAUAUGGCACUUGGAGAGAUGGAAAGCACAACAGGGAACGUUCCUGUGAUCCAGGCUCGGCUGCUAAUUGAUGCGGAUGGAGUUGACUUGCCAUUACUGGAACAUGCUGUGCAGGAGCAGAGAAAGUACUUCCAACAAAGAGACAGAAGUGCCCUUGAAACCAAGAGAACAGGCAGAAGAGAUGUAUGAAUGUGUGCACUCAAACUUGCCAUUGGAGUUGCAGUUUCUCGAGGUGUGACAGCUGUUUGUGUUUAUAGCUGUCUGAUUUCUCUGAAUCUGCUUGUUUUGGGCUGGUACAGAGCAUCUAGUCUGCUUCCUGCACGUCGUGCUCACCUUGCCCUUCAGAUGUCACAACUUGGCUAUUAAAUGUUUAAAGUUCAACCAGCAUUGGGAAGUUGCUAAUGUAUUUGGAGUUUUGAGUAUCAUCUAUAAUGGUACUGUACACAGUGUGAGUUGAUUGUAACCCAUACUACAUCAGUGAAGGAAAUUGGAUUUUGACCAUUUUGUAGACUGGUUUUCUGUUUGAAUUUUCAAGAUUAAGACUGGAGAAUACUUGUUUUUGCUGCUUGUACAUAAUAAAUCUGAGGUUUUGCAGAGCUA